CUUAAAAAAUCUCAUGAUGAUUUGUUUAUUUUGAAAUUUUUUUAGUUAAUUGCUGUGUCACGUUCACGUUAUAGUUGGGAGCCGGCUCUCGUAUUAUAAUUUAACGUGCUAAAUCAAAGUUUAACACCAUUUACAAUGUCUCUCAAUGCCGAUGGCAUAUUUGACAAUGCUUACAAUGGUAACAUACCACUGGUGAAGAAAGCUGUGGAGGAAAAUAAUAAAGUUCUUCUUGAAAAAGACACCAACCAGCGGCUAUUGAUUCAUUGGGCAGCUCUCAGUGGAAGCCUGGAACUUGUUCAAUACCUCCUGGAUAAAGGCUCUCCAGUUGAUCCUGAAGAUGACACUAAUACAACGCCACUAAUCAUUGCUGCAUCUGCAGGGAAAAUUCAAAUCGUACAGCUACUCGUCUCAAAAGGAGCCAACAUAAAUGCUCGAAAUGAUCAAGGUCACUCCGCAUUGCAGCACUCAGCAUCAAAAGGAUGGCAAGAUAUUGUACAGUUCCUAUUAAUAAAAGGGGCAGAUAUUAAUAUACCAGAUAAAAGAGGAGCUCGGCCAUUGCACAGAGCAGCAUCUAAAGGGAAUAUUCCAGUCUGCAAAGUUUUGCUAGAGCACAAAGAGAAAUGUCACCUACUUAUUAAUCCUCAAGAUAUAUAUGGAAACACUCCUUUGCAUUUGGCAUGUGAAGAAGGCAGACUAGAAAUUAUAAUACUCCUUAUGAAACAUGGAGCAUCGACAGAAAUUUCCAAUAAAGAAGAAAAAACACCUUUGCAGUUGUGUUCUCCUCAAGUACUAACACAAGUGAAAAAUGCCCAGAAUAGUCUAUUAUGAGUUUUUUCCUUGUUCCAGCCCUCCUCCACUUUGAAUUUUUCAUGUAAAAAUUGUAAUGUGUAAGUUUUUCUAUUGGCAAGUCAUUUUGUACAUAAACUGUGACAGUGAAGAAGUUUACUCUGAAACUGAGAAUUAUCACCAUUUUAGAUGUUCCCAGAGACACAUGCCAAAAAGAUUUGAAAAUGAAAAUUAUUUGAGAAAAAUUAA